UGCACAUGCUCAGCUCUUCUUUGUGUAGUACUUUCUUUCUAGAGCUCCUCUGCAAAGCUGGCGGGGAGGCUGAAGCAGCAGCGAGCACGGCGUUGCAAUCCCAAAGACGGAGAUUUUCCUUUCGAUCUUCAGGCCGCCGGAGUCUGGGGCAAGAACUUUCCGGGGCGGGAGGGAAGCGCGCUCCCCUCACUUUCAGCUGGGCUCAGAAACGGAAGGGAGUCUUAGUCUCUCCAUCCUUUCCAGUGCAGUUGCUCCAGCAACGGGGAUCCUGAACUGGAGUCUCUUGCGUCUUCCUGGCUGGGGAUACCUCCAGAGAGAAGAGCCGCCGUCGCCGUCCUUCUCCCUGGCUGAGGUGGGGCCUGCCUGGUAGUCAAAAAGAAAGGGACGGGUCUAAUCAGACCCGGCGGAGCGGGAGGGGGAAGAAGGAAGAGGAGGGAUUCGGCCCCAGCCAGCCUCUGAAAGCAGAUUACAAUUAGCCUUUUAAAAAUGGCUGCUUUAAAACUGUCAGCUGGGACAGACGAAGGCUUUUAACUCUCGCCCUUCCUUCCCACCCCCGCUUGGACGGCGGGGAGCAGAACCCGGAGCCGCUGCUAGCCUCCUGUCUCCGGCCCGCCGCUCUGGGAUGCUGGGAAGACGCUGAGGAAAUUUUCACGCUGCUCUCUCCCGGCGCCCUCCUGCCUGGAAAGCGAGCAUCCCCUCCGCUGCCGUCCUUGCUCCCCGCUGCCGCUGCUGCAAGAGUCGGACUACAGAAGACGGGGGAGGUUUUGCGGGCGCGGGGAGAGAGGGGGACGGAGAAGGGGCAUGUUGUGAGAGGAAGCGACAAGGGCAGGAAAGAAGCCUCUGCUCAUGGAAAGCGGAGGGCAAUGAGCCCUAAGGACGACGAGGAAGAGGAGGCGGGAAGCUGGUCGCCAGCGUUGUACCUGAAAAACAGGGCAGAGGUGUUGUGAGAAGCGUGGGGGAGAAGGUUUUCGAUUUCUUAUUUAACUAAUUAUCUUGAGGACUCCACAGCCCGUUCUCCGCACCCCCCGGAAGAUCUGCUCUGUUUCUUCACCCUGAUGAAAAGCGCCUUCUUUCUGAUCUGAGUGAUGUGCGUGGGGUGGCUUUGCUCCUGGUAGAACCUGCCCAAGGAACUGGAUUAAUCAGUCUUCCUGCUCCCAUCCCGGCUCUUUAGGCAGGCGGGUUGCGGAUGUGCUUUGUGGCAAAGAUGCUGGAUCUGUUGGGAAAAGUCCUGCGCAGAAUAGGAGGCCCUCCUGUAAUUCUUGGAGCCUGGAGACCUUUUUCUUGUUCCUCCUGCUGCUUUUCUACCUUCAUGGAUAUAAAUAACUGGCUGCUCUUUUAUGGAAUUCUCUACCUGGUGCUGUAUGCCCAAGUUUCUCAGUCUAAGACUUGUGAAAGAACCUCGUGCUUUUCUGGUCGAUGUGUCAAUUCCAGCUGCCUCUGUGAUCAAGGCUGGGUGGGGGAUCAGUGCCAGCACUGCCAAGGCAGGUUCAAGUUAACUGAAUCUUCUGGAUAUUUAACGGAUGGGCCAAUAAAUUAUAAAUACAAAACUAAAUGUACAUGGUUAAUUGAAGGAUACCCUAAUUCAGUUUUAAGAUUAAGAUUUAAUCAUUUUGCAACAGAAUGUAGUUGGGACCAUAUGUAUGUUUAUGAUGGAGAUUCAAUAUAUGCACCUUUAAUAGCUGUAUUUAGUGGUCUUAUAGUUCCAGAAGUGCGUGGAAAUGAAACUGUUCCUGAAGUAGUAACUACAUCUGGCUAUGCACUGCUACACUUUUUUAGUGAUGCUGCUUAUAAUCUAACAGGAUUUAAUAUUUUUUACUCAAUUAAUUCAUGUCCUAAUAACUGCUCAGGGCACGGGAAGUGCACAACUAGUAGCUCAAUACCAAGCCAAGUAUAUUGUGAGUGUGACAAGUAUUGGAAAGGAGAAGCCUGUGAUAUCCCUUAUUGUAAAGCUAACUGUGGAAGCCCUGAUCAUGGCUACUGUGAUUUGACAGGAGAGAAACUCUGUGUCUGCAAUGAUAGUUGGCAAGGUCCUGAUUGUUCUUUGAAUGUUCCCUCAAUGGAGUCAUAUUGGAUUCUGCCUAAUGUGAAGCCAUUUAGUCCAUCUGUAAGCAGGGCUUCCCAUAAGGCAGUUCUGCAUGGAAAGUUGAUGUGGGUAAUUGGUGGAUACGCAUUUAAUUACAGUACCUUCCAGAUGGUAUUGAACUAUAAUUUGGAAAGCAGCAUCUGGAAUGUGGUACCUAUAUUGAAAGGACCUCUUCAGAGAUAUGGACACACUAUUGCUUUAUAUCAGGAUGAUAUUUACAUGUAUGGAGGCAAAAUUGAAACAAAUACUGGUAAUGUCACUGAUGAAUUAUGGAUUUUCAACAUUCCAAGUCAGACUUGGAGCACCAGAAUUCCAGCAGUGCUUGUUCAUGGCCAGCAAUAUGCAGUUGAGGGUCACUCAGCGCACAUAGUGGAGCUUGACAGCAGGGAUGUUAUCAUGCUUGUGAUUUUUGGUUACUCUGUAAUAUAUGGCUAUACAAGCAGCAUUCAAGAGUAUUACAUCA